AUGAUCGUCAUUAGGAAACAAAUGAUUGAUAAGGUAACCUACAGAAGGGAAUAUAAAGAUCGAUAUAUUCCCUUAAUUGAAUAUUAUCGUAAGAAAUAUCAUUUAAAGAUUGAAGAGAAUUGUUCCUUGCCUUCCUCCUUUGUGGCUUCAGAGAAUGAGAAGAAUAUUGCUAAAGUUUUCAUUAGAAAGAGACCUAUGUUUGAGAAUGAGUUUUCGAAUAGACAAUUUGAUUCUUUCAUGAAUGCAAGAUUCAUACAUUAUUCAGACCUGAACUUUCUUAUAUUGAAUCGGUCAAUUUUUCCCUUCCAUUGGGAAGUUUUCAAUGAAGAGACAACAACUCACGACUUGUCCGAAUCUUCAGUCAAAUCUAUUCUUUAUAAUCAUUUUGGAACUGUUUUUUGCUUUGGACAAACUGGAAGUGGCAAAACAUUUACAAUGAGUGGAAUGAUCAACUUGUUUUCUGAGGAUUUGUUUACACAAUUACCUUCUUCCAAGAGAGUGACCAUGACAUAUGUCGAGCUAAUUGGUGAGUCAGUUUAUGAUUUAUUGAAUGAACAUAAGGAAGUGGAGGUGAGAGAUGGUGGAGAGGGAGAAUUUGUAUUGUGUGAAAAUGUUUGGGUUGAUAUUAAGGACAGUACAGAGUUGCAACGAAAUUAUCAUUUGGCGGGAAGUUUGAGAGAAACUCAUGCAACAAGAGUCAAUUCAAACUCUUCACGUUCCCAUUACAUUUGUAGAUUGUCAAUUCUGGAUCAAGACAAUUCAGAAUUUGCAAGAUUGACAUUUUGUGAUUUGGCAGGUUCAGAAAGAAAUAUCGAUUCUUUCUAUCACAAUUCAGAAAGAUUGAAGGAAUCAGCAGCGAUCAAUUCCUCUCUGAUGGCUCUCAAAGAUGUCAUGAGGGCACUUGUUCUCAAGAAACAAGGAACCAAUGUCAGAAUUCCUUACAGAGCUAGUAAACUCACCAGAAUUCUAAAAGAUGGAUUUGAAACAUUGGAAAAACCAACUCAAACAAUUCUAAUUUCAACAAUUUCUCCACAAGCUUGUGAUGCAGAGCAUACAAUGAAUACUUUGAAACAUGUUUGUGCUAUUGGAAAUCAUUCGUAUCAUGCUGAAAAUGGGAAAUUAAUUUUCAGAGAAGUGAUUUCAGAACCAAAGUUAGCACAUUACAAAAUUGAAGAUCAAUUAAAACCACUUACAAAAAUGGAUAGAUCAGAAACCUUGGAAUGGCUCAGUAAGGUUAGAGGUGGAAUUUUAAAAUCUGAUUUGAAAAAGUUUCCAAGCAAUAUGGAUGGGAAAAUGUUAACUAAACAAGCAGAAAAAAGAUUACAACAAUUAUUAGAAAGUGAAAUAUUGGGAAGUCAAUUGAGACAAGAAAUUAUUGAUUAUACAAAUAAGUGUAAUCAGCAAAAGGUGGAACACAUUGAAACUAUUAAAAGAAUAAACAAAUAA